AAUUUAGACGAAACACCUACCUGGGCGGUGGCCACCGUUUGCUUUGUUUUGCUCUCGGUAUCUAUAAUCAUCGAAUACAUCUUCAAUCUAAUAGGAAAGUGGUUGAAGCAGAAACACAAGAGAGCUCUGUACGAGUCACUUGAAAAGAUCAAAUCAGAGCUUAUGUUAUUAGGGUUCAUAUCGUUGCUGCUAACGGUAGGGCAAAGUCUGAUAUCGAGGAUAUGCAUAUCAGAAAAGGUUGCAGGGACGUUUCACCCUUGCACUCACACAAGAGGGAAGAAAAAAGACCCUCCGCCGUUAGAAGACGACGAUUACCACAAUAACCGCCACAUUUUAGCGUCGGUACCAUCGGACGACAACUGUGCCGCCCAGGGUAAAGUCCCAUUUGUCUCAUCGGGAGCCAUUCAUCAACUUCAUAUAUUUAUCUUCGUGCUGGCUGUUUUUCACGUCCUUUACUGCAUUCUCACUCUGGCUCUGGGUAGGGCAAAGAUGAGAAGGUGGAAACGAUGGGAAGUAGAAACCAAGACAGCAGAGUAUCAAUUUUCACACGAUCCCCAACGAUUCAGAUUUGCAAGAGAGACAUCGUUUGGAAGAAGACACCUUAGUUUCUGGACCCAAAAUGUUGUCCUGGUUUGGAUAGUUUGUUUCUUCAGGCAGUUCGUACGCUCAGUUCCUAAAGUUGAUUACUUGACCUUGAGGCAUGGAUUUAUGAUGGCGCAUUUGGGGCCUCACAGUCACCAGAAAUUCGACUUUCGGAAAUAUAUCAAAAGAUCUUUGGAAGAGGACUUCAAAGUGGUCGUCGAAAUCAGUCCUCCAAUCUGGUUCAUCACAGUGCUUUUUCUCCUGUUUAAUACUCACGGCUGGUACUCUUAUCUGUGGCUGCCAUUUGCUCCUUUGAUUAUUGUUCUAUUGGUGGGAAUGAAGCUGCAAGUGAUAAUAACGAAGAUGGGUCAAAGAAUUCAAGAACGUGGAGAGGUUGUAAGGGGAAUGCCACUGGUGCAACCAGGGGAUCACCUCUUCUGGUUUAACAAACCUCGUCUUAUUCUAUACCUCAUCAAUUUUGUGCUCUUUCAGAACGCUUUUCAGCUUGCAUUCUUUUCAUGGGCUGCGCUUCAAUUUAUGAUGAAGUCCUGUUUCCAUUCCCAAAAGCAGGACGUGGUGAUCAGAAUCUCAAUGGGGAUCUUCGUUCAAUUCCUUUGCAGCUACGUUACUCUUCCUCUUUAUGCUCUCGUGACGCAGAUGGGUUCAACGAUGAAGGCAACGAUUUUCAACGAAAGAGUAGCGAUGGCUCUGAGAAAUUGGCACCACACAGCGAAGAAGAACGUAAAAGAGAAGCGUGGAUUACGAUCGCAGAGUCCAUUUUCAACGAGACCUUCAACACCGAAGCAUCCUAAGUCUCAGGGUAAUCUGCUGAGACGGUACCACAGUGAAAUGGUGACUUAUCCAUCUUCUCCGAUAAGGUUGGAUUUUGAGGCACAUCUUCCUUAUGGGAUCCAUUCACCCCCUUCCUCCAAGGUUAAUGCUGCAGCUACUUCUUCCAUUGAACAGCAGGAAAUGGAGAUGGAGAUGGAAAUUGACAUGGAUCAGGUCUCAGAUCUUAAUCAAAACCAGAUUGAUAUUGAUAUUGAAGACAAGCAAGAAUUUUCUUUCGAUAAAAGAUGACAACAAUUUUUAUUAGAUGCCAAUACGACAAAGGUGAUCAUGAUUUUAGUAGCAUUUCAUCUUUGUAUAACUCCAAGGAAGCAAAACGUGGGGGUUAAUAUAUUGUUUUGUUU